AAUGAGCAGUCGGGAGUAUUCUGUAUGUUGAUUGUUUAUCAAAGAUUCGUAACUCCUGCCUGCUGAUCUACUUCCAGGCUUGUUAAUAGCGGCGAGCUCGCGCUUGACCGGGGCAGAUGUAGCGGCUUGUUUGGUUUCUGCCCCCCCUCCAAAAAAAGUCCGAGUGGUUAAUUCCUGUAAUUGGAUCAAUGGACAUAAUGCUGAGCCACGUCGUCUAAUUACUACAUCGCAGGGGGAGAGACCGCGGUGAAGACUGCAAGUCCGGUCAGCUUUUAGGGUUUUUUUUUUUACAUUCUUUAUUUUGCUCUACGUCAGAGUCUCGCGCGUGAACGGUGUGGAUCAUCCCGUCUCGUGCUUGUUUGGAGUCCUGGAUAUCAUUUCCCGUUUAGUUUCGUUACCAUGGCAGACGAGCAAGGCCCCUGAACGCUUUUUAUUAUAACAACCCUCAUUGGAGUGGGUUUGCAGAUUGUGUGAUAUUUUUUUGUUGCUCUGAACGGAUUGAUAUAUUUUUUUAAUUCGCUUUUUUGCUGAGUGUAAUAAAGAAAAUCCGCGUUUUUGUUCCAUCCCUGCUCGAUUUCACAACUCGUGGACCUCGGCGUUUCCCUAGCUGGGAACUUACAACAUGACGAGCUCCUGCCUGCUUCCUGUUGGUUCUCUCUAACAACUCCACCGUCUCCCGUCUAUUGCAGGGCCACUGUACAGGCAGCGUACCUGGACAGAGGCAUUACUAACCGCUAACAUUUCAUCGUAUAUCGGUUUGACAGAAAGCCGCAACCAUUCCGUGCUGCAAGGGCGACCCCAAAAUGUCUUCUAACGGGGACCUACAAGACGUUGGGAGCUAUGGCAGCUUUUGGGAGCCGGGGAACUACAAAAGGACGGUGAAGCGGAUUGACGACGGUCACAAACUCUGCAACGAGCUGAUCAGCUGCUUCCAGGAGCGUGCCAAGAUCGAGAAGGCCUAUUCCCAGCAGCUGAAUGACUGGGCCAAGAAAUGGAGGGGUGUUGUGGAGAAAGGUCCACAGUAUGGCACCUUGGAGAAGUCUUGGCAUGCGUUUAUGAAUGCAGCGGACAAGUUGAGUGAGAUCCACAUGGAGCUGAAGGAAAAGCUGGUUAUGGAGGACAGCGAGAAGAUCCGCGUCUGGCAAAAAGACGCCUUCCACAAGCAGAUGAUUGGAGGAUUCAAGGAGACCAAAGACGCAGAUGAGGGAUUCCGAAAGGCCCAAAAACCCUGGGUCCGCAAACUUAAGGAAGUAGAGGCCUCUAAAAAGAGCUACCACCAGGCCCGUAAGGAGGAGCGGACAGCAAUGACGCGCGAGACACACGCCAAGGCUGAUCCCACCAAGUCCCCGGAGGAGGUGCGCAAGUUUACGGACCGGGUGGAGAAAUGCACUCAGGAAGCCGAGAAGGCGCAAGAGCGCUAUGAGAAAGCCCUGGAUGAGCUGAAUCGCUGUAACCCACGGUACAUGGAAGAUAUGGAGCAGAUGUUCGAGAUAACCCAAGAUGCUGAGAAGAAGCGGCUGUGCUUCUUUAAGGAGGUGAUGCUGGACAUCCAUCAGCAUCUGGACCUCUCCAGCAGUGAAGCGUUUAAGGCUUUGUACCGAGACCUGAGCCAGACUAUUAAUGCAGCCAGUGACACUGAGGACCUGCGGUGGUGGAGGAAUACACAUGGACCUGGAAUGAGCAUGAACUGGCCCCAGUUUGAGGAAUGGUCUCCAGAGUCCAAUCGCACCAUCAGCCGCAAAGAGAGGAACAGCCGAAUUGAUGAUGUCACUUUGACUAACAUCGUCUCUGCUCCUGAUGAAGCGCCUCAGACACCACAAGAUACCAUCCGAGCUGCCAAAGACUACUCUUCAGACUGGUCUGAUGAAGAGAGCCCUAAGAAGUAUAUAGCGGCGAACGGAGUUGAGCUUGAAGAAGAGGAGAAGGUAGCGGGUGUGCGCGUUAGAGCACUGUAUGAUUACACUGGCCAAGAAUCUGAUGAGCUGAGCUUUAAAGCAGGUGAAGAGUUGAUGAAGUUGGGAGAGGAGGACGAGCAAGGCUGGUGCAAAGGGCAGCUGGACAGCGGCGAGGUGGGCCUCUACCCUGCUAACUAUGUCCAAGUCAUUGACUCCUGAUGUCCCACCAAGACCCAGCACCUUCCUUGAGAAGACCAUACCAUCACUGAGCUGAUCACACUGAACUGUGCCAGCGGGGCCCACCCCGGCGCUCUAGAGGCCCUGCCAGCCAUUGCUACAUUUACACAGGACCCACCAGAGAAAAAAACAAAAAAGCUCACAUCUUGUAUACUUUGAGGUUCAUGGUGCCAAGGCAUAAGUCAUGGCUUUGUGAGAGACUUUACAGGUACAGUGCCUUUUCUGGAAGAUUCAAGGGACGGAUAUUGAGCAGAGCUGAAGAGUUACAGUACCGUCACCUCACCAUGCUCAUUACAGACUUUUUGCUUUUCUAAAGGGAUAAAUAUAUUUACUUUUCCGGGGUAUCAUGGGGCUGCAUCUACACUAUGGAGGCUGCGGGAGAUUUGUUUUACUCUGAUACAUCUGUCCUGUAUUUGUGAAUUUCAGAUACAUCAGAAAUCAGUUUAAGUAUUUAUUUCAUCCAGAUCACAUUGACUUUUGUUUUUCUCACAAAUGUAUGUUGCUGUGUACAUAUAUAGAUAUUAUUUUUUUCUUUAACAGGAUUAGUACUUGAGGACAACUGGGCUGAACUCUUGCUGCACAUCGUUCUAAAUCGCUGUAGCAUUCCUAAAAUGCAUUGGCAGUUUUCUAAUCUUUCUUUUAAGCAUGAACGCUUAGUUUUGUAGAAUAUUCUGGAUUUGUACGAUGCAAAGAAAUUUACUGAUCAAAAAUGGGCUCUGUAAGACCAGUUAAGUGUUCACGUGUCCUAAAGGAAUUUGUAUUUUUGAAGCCGACGGAUGCUGAAAAAUCGAAUAGUUUUUAAUUUCAUUUUUUUGUUUUUAAUUCAAAAAGCAACAUUAAAGACUCAGACCAAUGACUUAGUUGAGGUUAUCUGAGCAGCGCAUGUGUUUUGUGUGUGCAUAUCUGGGUUUGUCUGUCUGUACAGACUGUGCAAGUGUCAGAAGACAUGAAUUAUUCUGGUUUCCACAUCCAUUAUUGAUGCAUAACUGUAAACCUUUAACUACUGUAUCAACAUCUACUAAUCAGUGUAAAAUAAAAAAAUCCAAAUAAAUACAGAUGAGCUAGU